ACGGGAGGGCUGGGGUUGUCAACAGUGUCCCUACUCACGACUACGUAUCUGUAACCUUGGGCCAAGUGACUUCAGCUUUCUGAAUCUUUGAUUACUGAUCUGUAAAAUAUGGACUAUGAUGCCUGCCCAAGACGACAGUUGUGAGGAUUGAGAUCGAUAUACAAAAAGACCAACUCCUUCCUUGCUUUAAACCUGAAGGGAGAAAGAGAGCGCGCGAAGGAGAGAGGAUGUCUCUCUCAGACUGGCAUCUGGCAGUGAAGCUGGCUGACCAGCCACUCGCACCCAAAUCUAUUCUUCAGUUGCCGGAGACAGAAGUGGGAGAGUAUUCCCUAGGGGGCUAUAGCAUCUCAUUCCUAAAGCAGCUUAUUGCUGGCAAGCUCCAGGAAUCUGUUCCAGACCCGGAGCUGAUUGAUUUGAUCUACUGUGGCCGGAAGCUAAAAGAUGACCAGACUCUUGACUUCUAUGGUAUUCAGCCUGGGUCCACAGUCCAUGUUCUCCGAAAGUCUUGGCCUGAGCCUGAUCAGAAACCUGAACCUGUGGACAAAGUGGCUGCCCUGAGAGAGUUCCGGGUCCUGCACACUGCCCUGCACAGCAGUUCCUCCUACAGGGAGGCGGUCUUUAAGAUGCUCAGCAAUAAAGAAUCUCUGGAUCAGAUCAUUGUGGCCACCCCAGGCCUCAGCAGUGACCCCAUUGCUCUAGGGGUUCUCCAGGAUAAGGACCUCUUCUCCGUCUUUGCUGAUCCCAACAUGCUGGAUACAUUGGUGCCUGCUCACCCAGCACUAGUCAAUGCCAUCAUCCUGGUUCUGCACUCAGUGGCAGGCAGCACCCCAAUGCCUGGAGCUGACUCCUCUUCCCGAAGCAUGCCCUCCAGCUCGUACCGAGAUAUGCCAGGUGGCUUCCUGUUUGACGGGCUCUCAGAUGACGAGGACGACUUUCACCCAAGCACCCGGUCUACACCCUCUAGCAGUACACCCAGCUCCCGCCCGGCCUCCCUGGGGUACAGUGGAGCUGCAGGGCCCCGCCCCAUCACCCAGAGCGAGCUUGCCACUGCCCUGGCCCUGGCCAGUACUCCAGAGAGCAGUUCUCACACACCAACACCUGGGACCCAGGGCCAUUCUUCGGGCACCUCACCAAUGUCCUCUGGUGUCCAAUCAGGGACACCCAUCACCAAUGAUCUUUUUAGCCAAGCCCUCCAGCAUGCCCUGCAGGCCUCUGGGCAGCCCAGCCUUCAGAGCCAGUGGCAGCCUCAGCUGCAGCAGCUGCGUGACAUGGGCAUCCAGGACGACGAGCUGAGCCUCCGGGCCCUUCAGGCCACUGGAGGUGAUAUCCAAGCAGCCCUGGAGCUCAUCUUUGCUGGAGGAGCCCCAUAAACUGCUUGUACCCGAAUACCUACCAAGUUGCAGAGGCUAUUUCUGCCAGGAGGCACCUGUGAAAUUGCCUCCAGCUCCCCAACCCACC